CUAGCACAGGUGGGAAAGACACCUUCAUUCGACCUUCCAGAUAGCGUCCCCAAAAGGCGGGUCCAGUUUCGCGACACGGUGCCGGCUGACUCGGGGACAAUACGGCGGGCGUAAACAGCACACGAGUCGCGGUACAGAUCAGUGGGCGCCCGGACAAAGCUCGGGCAGGUGGAUGUCAGCCCGGGAGAGGAGAAACAAAGGACGUUAGACGAUUCGUGUCAACAGUUUGCUACUCUCCUACAAAGUUUGGUACACAUUUGGGGAAAAGAUAUGGCGUAAACAUGAGCAGGAAUGAGGGUUGCUACGGGGAAUGUAGUGCCUUCACGUAGGCAUUAAGCCUGAGGGGACAUUCGCGUGACCGGCUAUCCCUCGCCUACACCCGUUGUCACUUUACGCUACAACCAAGAUGGCGACUCGCUAAUUUGCCAAAAUGGACGUACUGGAUGGCACUGAUUGUUAGACGUUGGAUACAGUGAUUUUUACAAGACUAUGGCGGCAGGAUCUGUCACUGAAAGUCCCCCAGUCGCCACGAAACCGACCAGGGACAUCUGUGAGAGCGAACUGCUUCGUUUUUCCGACAACGAUUCUUGCUUCUGUACGAAGGGAUGUCAGAGAGAGAAGGUGUUGUCAGGCUGGGACAGACCCUGUAGUCGGGCGAACAACGAACUCGGAGAACUCGAGAAGAAGGGGAAAAGAUGUACAGGGGAGAACAGAAAACGUGCAAAGCAGCAGAGAAGGAAUUCUAACGAACCGCGGGAGGAUGACUUUGCGUUUAGGCACUAUUACGACACCAGGAGGUACAUAGAGGAGUACAGGUACUACCACACACGGGGCGAUGUGGGGAAGGAACAGAAGAGUGUGGUGUUCGGAGUUCACGUGGAGGAUCCUUAUUUUCCGAAACUCAGAACCAGCGUCAGCCAAUUGUUCUUCGAUUUUAGCGAAUUGACAUCAUGGUUGCCAGGUUACCACAGGUCUAGACGUAUCUUUGAAAGGAUGAAUGUGGUUAACUCAACUGUGGCGACCAACCCAAACCAUGAGGAUAACAGUAUUGCAGAUAGAGGAGAGAGCUGUGUGGACGACUCUACUGAUGACGAGGCCGUCCGUUUCUCCAACUCACCUCGGGACAAGAAGAGCCCGGAGAUCAACCUCGCCCCCGUGCGGGCAGACCUCAAUCUGCCGCGGAUCCUGCCCUGUAAAACCGGGCUGUCGGACGACGAGGAAAACUCCAGCAACAAAUCCAACAGAAGGAAGAACAAGAGGAACAAGGAAGCGUACCACCAAAACCUGCCGAGGCUUGGGAGUCUCCCUAUCCCCGUGUGUGUCACACACAGACGCAGCGGUAAGGGGAAAGCCGCUAGGGGGCGCAUUUCGGGACACUCUGACACCAAUAGUCACAGCACCGGCAGUGAUGCGGUGUCAUCAGUGGACAGCUACAAGAGCGGGAAUUCCUCGACUUCCGCGGGACACUUUUCACAGAUAUCGGUAGGAAACAACUGGAUUCCCGACGGAAACCCGACAAUGGUGCACGGGAACUCAGCACUCGAACAAGACACAACCUCCAAGGACCCAGAAACGACCUCGACUUACAGUCAGAGAGAGAGAGCGUCCUGGGAAAAAAGAUCCACUUUGGAGCAUCCGCAGAGACCUGUAGAAAGAGCAAAGACAUUCACGGAUGCGUCCCUCUACACAAAGGGGACUAUCAAGAUAAGUUAUAGGGAGGAACCCUCCUACAAAGUGUGGAAAGAUUUCACCGAAUCCACGGCAUACAGAGACUAUCUUGCCAAACUUUACAACCUCAACCACAGCAGAAUGAAACUGAAGACCGCGGGAGAAGCCACGGACGUGAAGAAACAGUUCCGCCUGUGUUCCGAGAACAACAAGCCCAAGACGAGAGCGGAAAGACGGGCGUGUUGCGCGCGCUGCGAGGAGAAGAAGAACAGUCCUGACCAGGGCGUCCCGAAACCCAGGGUUAGACCGAGGGUGCAGCUUGUCCUGCAGUCCGGCUCUAAGAGUGACAUAGCCUCAAUGCCACCCUUAGUAAGACUAAACACCAUGGUGCGGGGCUAUCCUUACAGAACUGCAGAGCAACAUAGACAAUACAUGUCACAACUCACCGCUACUCAGCAGAAAAGCACGUAGCGAUGAAGACUAGCAAAACCAAAAAAGGAUAAGAGAUUUCAAACUUUUAGGAAAUGUUUUUUUCGUGAAUGUAUUGGAACUGUGAAGGU